GGCUGAGUCCCCGGGAGGUGCUGCAGAAGCUCUGGCAGGUCACUGUGUGUUUGUGUUUUGUUUUAGCUCUUUCGCUGGCCGCAUUAUGGGAAGCUCAUUAUGGAGGAGAUGCUGGUUGUUAAAGUUUACAACUGCAGUAAAGUUUUCAGUAACAGGCUGCUCGGCACCUUGGUCAUCAGCCUUCAGCACCUGGUGACAUCUGGCCGCCUGACCCUCCGAGAGGCCCUCGUGGACAAGAACCACAGCAUCACUGGGAUCUAUGUCGAGCUGGACCUGCGCUACCAGCCUCCCGACGGCUCAGCGGGCACGUGGAUGGAGGAGGACUUUGUCUACCAGAUGAAAGACAGCACUGAGCUGAUUAUCCGCAACCCCGGCUUCGAGGAGCUGCAGCCGGCGGAGGUGAAGCGAGCCCGGGAGCUGGAGAAGAAGGCCGCAGCCCUGGGCAGGAGGCUGGUGAAGGGCCUGGAGACUGACGAGGAGGAGGAGGAGGAUUACGACGAUGAGGCCGACAUGGAGAUCCUGGGCAUCGUCUUCAGCCCUGUCAGGAGCCGGUCCAGACGCCUCUGCAAGUGGGACCUGUUUGCCACGCCUCGGCCCCAGAGCUUCCAGAUCGGGAUCAAUGUCACUGAAGCCCAGAAGCUGGUGGGGGUGAACAUUGACCCCUUUGUGGUGGUGAAGGUGGGGGAGGAGAAGAGGCAAACGGCAACGCAAAAGUCAACCAACUGCCCCUUCUACAACGAGUAUUUUGUGUUUGAAUUCCAUGAGCCCAGGGAGGUUUUAUUCCACAGACUCAUCGAGAUCUCGGUUUUUCACUCAAAGAAGAUCCCGUUCCUGGGAACACGCAUAGGAACGUUCAAAAUGGACGCGGAGACUGUGUACAGCCAGCCAGAUCACCGGUUCUUCCAGAAGUGGGCUGUUAUCAGCGACCCAAAGGACACCAGGGCAGGUGUGAAAGGGUUUGUGAAGUGCAGCAUUUCGGUCUUUGCCCGAGGCGAUCCAGUGGGCUCCCUCCCCGUGGCCCCCAGCAGCCAGAACGAGGACAUUGAAAAGAACUUGCUGCUGCCGAAAAGAGUCCCAGCCGAGAGGCCAUGGGCCAAAAUCUGCAUCAAGGUCUACCGAGCCGAGGGCCUGCCCAGCAUGAGCGCCGGCAUCAUGGGGGGCUUCUCAAAGAUUGUGGGCGAGAAGAAAGUUUUCAUUGAUCCGUACGUGCAGGUCUCGUUUGCCGGGCAACAGGGGGAGACCUCGGUGGAAAACAACACGGUGGAGCCAGAAUGGAACGAGCAAAUUAGCUUCAUCGAGAUGUUCCCCCCUCUCGCCAGAAAAAUCAAAGUGCAGGUGUUGGACGAUGCCAACAUCGGGGAUGUGGCGCUUGCGACGCACUUCAUUGACCUGCAGCAGAUCUCUGACCCUGGGAGGAAUGGCUUUAACCCCACCUUCGGGCCGACCUGGGUGCACCUGUACGGCUCGCCCCAGAACUCGGCUCUGCGUGACGUGCACAAGGAUCUGAACCAGGGCCUGGGCGAGGGCAUCUUCUACCGCGGCCGCAUCCUCCUGGCCAUCGCGGUGGAGCUGUUCAGCAGCCCCGGCGCCGUGGACAGCAGGCGCAGGGAGGUGCUGAGGGGCGCCCUGAGCAGGCUGACUCUCAAGAAGAAGAGUAAGAAGUCCAAGGAGAAGUCCAAGGCGCGGCCCAAGGAGCAGAGCCAGCGGCAAGGGAACGCCCUGGGAGGGAAGGAAGAAUUCCUCCUCUUCGCUGCCUUCUUUGAGGUGACCAUGAUGGACCCCUCCGUAGGCUCCAAGCCCGUCCAUUUUGAGAUCUCCAUCGGGAACUGUGGGAAAGCGGAAGAGGUUGUGACCAAGAUGCCCAAGAAAGGGGAGAGAGGAGACGGGCCCGAAGACAAACGGCCUUUGCUGGACCCCAGCUCGGACGACGAGCGGGACACUGAGGUGGGGGCCCCCGGCCCCACGGCGCAGAACAGAUCUGUGACGGAAAGCCAACGGCCAGAGCCCACGGAAUACGACAGUUCUUACAGCUGCCUGCCCCUGCUGCACGAGAAGCCCUGCGUGUACGUCUGGAGCUCCUGGGAAGAUCACACUUGGCGGCUCUACAAUUCCAACUGGAUUGUCAAGCUGGCGGAACGCCUGGACCGCGGGCUGGACGACGUGGAGAUGCUCCUGAGGAGGCCCAAGUCCAAAGCAGAAGACAGACUCAAGCAGGUGCUGGAGGAGCUUGUCGCUGGCUGCCGGUCACCCCAGUGCACGCUCCCCGACGUCCUGCUCUGGAUGUUCAGUAACAACAAGCGAGUGGCGUACACGCGGAUCCCUGCCCAGCACGUCCUCUACUCGGUGGUGGAGGAGGAGAAAGGCAAGGACUGCGCGAAGAUCCAGACUGUCUUUCUGAAGGUCCCAGGCUCGCGCCCUGGAGAGAUCUUUGCAAAACUGGAGAUCUACCUGUGGCUGGGGGUGACCAAGUACGUGAAGAACAGCACGGCGGAGCUGCCCGAGGAGUUCAAGCCCGUCCUGCCCGGAGUCCCAGGCUCGCGCCCUGGAGAGAUCUUUGCAAAACUGGAGAUCUACCUGUGGCUGGGGGUGACCAAGUACGUGAAGAACAGCACGGCGGAGCUGCCCGAGGAGUUCAAGCCCGUCUAUGAGCAGGGCCAGGCGACGGCCCGGCUCCCAGCACAUCUGCCGCCCAGCCGGCUCAGCAGGGACGGUGAGCACAGGCCACCCUCAUUGCACCCGCCACUCGACCGCCCAUGGGUGGCUAAAGAGCUGGCUGCUGCCCAGGGAGCCCUCGUGGCCAUCGCCCAAAGGUCCCGGCGAUGCCCAGGCGGCACUGGGGGAGGGGUGCGCCGUGGUCCCGCUCGCCCUCGCACUGGUUCCGUCCCGGCCGUUGGGCCGAGCUGCAGGAGACCAGGAGCUGCAUUCACCUGGCCGCUCUCCGCGCAGACCCUGGAGGAAACGCUGAGCCCCUUGUGGAACGAGCUGCUUGUGUACGACCAGCUGGUGAUUGAUGGGAAGCGAGAGGAGCUGAAGACAGAGACCCCGGUCGUCGUCAUCAACAUCUUUGACCACAAUAAAUUCGGCUCCCCAGAGUUCCUUGGCCGGGCCUUCGCCGUGCCGCAGGUGAAGCUGGUGGAUGAACCAUACCGCAAACCAGCCCUGCAGUUUUUUGACAUUUACAAAGGACCCAGAGCAGCAGGGGAAUUAAUUGCCACCUUUGAGCUGAUCGAGCUGGAUUACAGUGGCUACUUGGAGCCCUCAGUGCCCAAAGAUGUGGAGCCCCAGGAGCCAGACUUCCUGGAGGACCCCCGUGCUGGACGCUUCAUUAUCCCGGAGGGAAUCCGGCCCAUCCUCAAAGAAUUCCGCAU